CUCAGAGGAGCAAAGUCCCCCUCCCCGUGACAUGUAUGGGUGCAGAGCUCCCAUUCCUGUGGGAGGGAGCUGGGCAUCUGGGUGGUGGUUGGGCUAUCUGUUCAAGGGUUGUGUCCAUCCCUGUGACAGCCAGUAGAGCAGAGCCUGUAGCUGAGAUGGUACUGCCUUCCGGAAGGGGAUCAUGGAUCGGAUAACUUAUAACCCCUCCUCCUGAAAGGACUUUAGUCUUUGGAGCUGUCAGAGGAGCUGAGUGAGAUAAGAGCUCUGCCAGGCAAGCCUGAAGGAAGGGAGGGAACACUUACCAGCUGCCGCUGCCCAGUCAAGACACACAUCAUGGAGCCAAGGGCGGCCCAACUGCGGAGGAGAGAAGGGCUAGGAGGAGAGCAGGAGGACCGGCCCUCCAGAGAAGGGGAGCCCCACUUUGGGAAUGCAGAAUGCCCAGGAAACAAUGAGGCACAUAGAGGCCCAGAUUUGCUACAAUGGACCCGACAUAUGCAGGCUGUGAAGACGCAGUUGCUGGAACAAGCACAAGGCCAGCUGACGGAGCUGCUGGAUCAGGCCAUGUGCGAGGCUAUUCAAGCCUACCCGCCACAAGACAGACCAGUGCCCUCCAUCCCUCCAGAUUCCUUGCGCAAGACCCGGGAGCCAUCCCUGGGGAAACGGAAAGUUUUCAUCAACCGCAAGUCCCUGCUUGACGAGCUGAUGGAGGUGCAGCAUUUCCGCACCAUCUACCACAUGUUUAUCGCCGGCCUGUGUGUCUUCAUCAUCAGCACCCUGGCCAUCGACUUCAUUGAUGAGGGCAGGCUGAUGCUGGAGUUUGACCUACUGAUCUUCAGCUUCGGACAGCUGCCCUUGGCGCUGGUAACGUGGGUCCCCAUGUUCCUGUCCACUCUGCUGGUGCCCUACCAGGCCCUGCGGCUGUGGGCGAGGCCCCAGUCCAGAGCGGCCUGGACGCUGGGGGUGGGCCUGGGCUUCAUGCUGCUGGCCGGCCACACAGCAGUGCUCAGCAUCCUUCCGGUCCAUGUAGCAGUGGAGUAUCAGCUCCCGCCAGCCUCCCGCUGUGUCCUAGUCUUUGAGCAGGUCAGGCUCCUGAUGAAAAGCUACUCCUUCCUGAGAGAGAUUGUGCCUGGGACACUUCGGGCCAGAGGAGGUGAGGGGAUCCGGGCCCCCAGUUUCUCCAGCUACCUCUAUUUCCUCUUCUGCCCCACACUCAUCUACAGGGAGACUUACCCCAGGACACCCAACGUCAGGUGGAAUUAUGUGGCCAAGAACUUUGCCCAGGCCCUGGGCUGCGUGCUCUAUGCCUGUUUCAUCCUGGGCCGCCUCUGUGUUCCUGUCUUUGCCAACAUGAGCAGGGAGCCCUUCAGCACCCGUGCCCUGGUGCUCUCCAUCAUGCACGCCACCUUGCCAGGCAUUUUCAUGCUGCUGCUCAUCUUCUUUGCCUUCCUUCACUGCUGGCUCAACGCCUUCGCAGAGAUGCUACGAUUUGGAGACAGAAUGUUCUAUCGGGACUGGUGGAACUCGACGUCCUUCUCCAACUACUACCGCACUUGGAACGUGGUGGUCCACGACUGGCUGUACAGCUACGUAUAUCAGGAUGGGCUGUGGCUCCUUGGUGGCCGGGCCCGAGGGGCAGCCAUGCUGGGCGUGUUCCUGGUCUCUGCAGUGGUCCACGAGUACAUCUUCUGCUUCGUCCUGGGAUUCUUCUACCCUGUCAUGCUGUUGCUCUUCCUUGUCAUUGGAGGGCCACUGAACUUCAUGAUGCAUGACCGGCGCACGGGCCCAGCGUGGAACGUGCUCAUGUGGACCAUGCUCUUUCUGGGCCAGGGCAUCCAGGUCAGCCUGUACUGCCAGGAGUGGUAUGCACGGCGCCACUGCCCCCUGCCCCAGACAACCUUCUGGGGGCUGGUGACACCUCGAUCUUGGUCCUGCCAUACCUAGAGGUCAGGGCACGCUCACUGCCCAGAUGACACCACCAAGUUCUCUGCCUGCAAAGCCUGGGACCAGGGCUCCUCUCUGAAUUCCCAGACCUAGCUCUGAGUCAAGGGGGCCUGCCAAGCCUGACCCCACCAGAGAACUCCAAGGACUGAGAUCUGUGGACCUGUGGGCAGGUGAGCACAGACUCAGAAUGGUGGUGGCUCUUGAGCCCCCAGCCCCGUGGGUUGGGCAAAGGGCCCCCUCUCACUCCAUGGCUGUUCAGACUGGGGGAGACACGAAGGGCCUUACAGAUUUGGUGAAGGUGGGGUGACUUAAAGCAACUCGGGCCAUCAAGGUCUGAGAGGUGUUUGUUUCUUUCUUUGUGCUCUUUCCAAUACAAUAAUAAACUCUUUGUAUCGCUUUUUAUUCAUUC